CGUGUGUUAUGGUGACGUCAUCGCUGCCGCCACGGGGGAGGAAAGAAAUAAAAUAUGAAAACUAUAUAUUGCGACAGUGUAUGAUAGUGAGGAAAGGGGGAAUAUACCACCAUUGAGAACUAGAGUGUGUGAGGAAAUAGAGGAUAGGCCCAAGAGGAGGAGGACCUAAGAAGCGAUACAAGAAGUUAAGUCGAAGUCGAAGCCGAAGUCAGAAGAGGAAGAGGAGGACGUAAACACCUGACUGCCCGGCGCUGCCCUUUACAUCACUGAGGAGCCCAUUGCAGACAGUCAGGAGGGUUUAUUCCACGGCCAGGGCGACCAGAGGGUGUCAGGGAGCCGCACACACACACAGGAUGAGGCUGCAGGGAAUACUGUGUCUGUGCUCCUUGCUGGCGUGUGUCAAAGGACGAGGGGUGCAGCAUGUGACCUGUGGCUCUGUGGUGAAGCUGUACAACUCUUACUAUAAGGUGCGUCUCCACUCCCACGAUGUCAAGUAUGGGUCAGGGUCAGGUCAGCAGAGUGUCACCGGCACACCACAGCAGGAAGACCACAACUCCAACUGGCUCCUCAAGGGAACAGCCAAAAAAUCUUGCAAACGAGGGGAGCCCGUGCAAUGUGGCCAGACACUGCGAUUGGAGCACUUAGCCACCAAGAGGAACCUUCACUCCCACCAGUUCUCGUCCCCGCUCUCUGACAAGCAGGAAAUCUCAGCAUUUGGGGAGGAGGGUGAAGGAGACUCUGGAGACGACUGGAUGGUGAUCUGCGAUGGGGAGGCGUGGGACCGCAACCAAGAUGUUAUGCUGAGACAUGUUGACACAGACAUGUACCUGGGGGUGACUGGGCAGCAGUACGGCCGCCCCAUCCACGGCCAGAACGAGGUGGUAGGUUUGAACCGGCCGGGUGUGCAGGCCAAGUGGCUGACCAUGGAGGGUGUGUUCAUUAAUCCUUCAGACCCCAGCGAGGAUAACAGGAUAUUCCAUGACCCUUCUGAGUUCUGAUGCCGUUUGCCAUGUAGCUCAAAGUGUGCGUGUGUGAGUACCGAUUCUUGACUUUUUUACAGACAAUAAUUUAUUUGAAAGACGUGGAUCUUUUGGAAAAGUAUUACGUACAUUUGGUGAAUAAAUGUGAAAAUAGUGUAGAAUUGACUUAUUUAUGAAUGCAAGAUCUUUUCUAUUUAGCAUCAAAGAUGCUCGUUCCAAGCCACUUGAUGGUGGCGUGACAGACACCACAAGCAAUUGAUAGUAUGGCAGCACCUGGUCGCCACAGUUUUGUACUUAGGAAGCAGCACAUAUUAUUUAUGGACGAGUAUGUUUCCUGUAAAGACUAUGACCUGUCCCUCAUGCAGAAGGGUGUUAUGUCAUCCAUUCAUGUGUGCUGUGUGUGUACAGUAGGUCCACCAUCACAACAAUGGGGUGCCUGCUGGAGGGGUGGGAGGGAGCUGUGAAGGAGCAACUCAGGAGGACAUGAAAGAACAAGAAAAAUGUCAAGAGUUUCUUUUUUCCUUGACAGAAGGUUGAGUAAAGGUUUUGUCAGGUACAGUCAUACUAUUAAGUAAAAGUUUGUGAAAACCUCUACCCUUCACUCCUAAGAUUUGUACACAAAUGGACAAAAAUAAACUACAUGGUAGUA